AUGAAUUUGAUCACAUUCUGUCAAUCCAGUAGAAAUCUUGAGAGAUGCACAGAUGGUCAACGUGAUGAACAAGUUAGCAAGACUCAAAAGGAUAAAAAAACAACUACGGGAGAAGAUUCGGCGCUUGUGGCAGCAUGGAUGCAUCGACUCCAGACACUCACUCUUAUAACGACAUUUCUUACUUCCAUCGACGGAGAGCUCUUCACCCUUACCCAGUCCUCCACACCGCAGGUGACACUCAAUGCAAGUGAGGAAUCUGUGGAACUCGUGUAUGCAUGUUUUACUGGUGCCCUCGUUUUUCAUGGCUGUUCUGCAAUUCUGGGAUACGUGGCGUCUUUUGCUCUCAUUCGAUACCAGAUCGUUGAUGCAGAAACCCAUCCCGUUACGGAAACCGAUGAGCUGGGAAACCGUUCUCAUACUGUUUUACAUCACCACGAAAGCAUUCACGGAAAACAACUCUGGCUUAGAGCCAUCCCUCCUUUGUAUGCUGUACAGUCCCUUCUUCAGAUGCCCUCGAGGCUCCGGAUUCAAUCCAGGACGUCCACUCCCCCACUGGAUCUCCUGACUCGGUGCUAUUAUACGAUUUUGGCGCUCAGUGGUGCCGGCUUUAUCUUGGCACUUCUUGGUAUCGCCACUUACGCAUGGGUUGCACUGCAACGGGUUGUUGGGAUAUUCACAAUGGCUUGUCUAGGCGUUAGUUUUCUGUCAUGUGUGUGGGCGGUGGUGUACUGA